GCUCGCGCUGCUUCUGUGUCGUGUACAGGAAGAAAGUUGAAGAUGGUCCGCGCGGAGCUGGCGGCUCGUCUGAACGACAGAGAGUACACAAACUGGCUGAAAGCGGGACGCUGUCUGCUCAUACUGAAGGAUGGCCUCCUCCCGUUCACCGACCGACACAUGAGGGCUUUCCACGGAGAUCUGCUUAAUCAAAGCGCUGUGCUCCGGAGCCCGUGCAGGGAUUCCUGUAAACCGAGAGGGAAUAAGCUGUCGGGAUGCAAGGUGUGUUCAGAGUGGCAGAAGGCGAUCCUGAGACACCACAGACAGCCUGAUGCUACAGUCAACUGGGACAACUGUUUCCCUCCAUACUGGAGGACAGACCACUGGGAGGUGGCAAAGGCCUUCAUGCCGCGAGGUCAGGCGAAGGUGAAGGGCGCAGAUAAAUGCGACGCCCCUGCUCUGCUUAACCUGAUCAACUACUGCACGUAUUUCUCAUCCGUGGAUCCAAAACUGGUCAGAGAGGUGAUCCGAUGCAGGAACGAGCUGAUGCAUUCUUCUGAGUACCGUGUGACAGAUGAUUGGAUGCAACACUACUGGACCGCUCUGAACCACUUUGUGAAUCAGUUCAGACACGUACCCGAGAUGGCAACAGUUGGAAACAAAAUAGACGAGAUGCUGACCCUCAAUUUGUCAAUAUAUGUGUCUGGUUUGGAUCAAAUGGAUUCUGGUGGCUUGGACGAUGGAUUAGAGGUUGAUUUUGUCAGCCAUAAGGAGUCGGGUGCUGAUGUCGGCCAAUGGGAAGCUGAGUUGCUAGAAGAGAUGCUGCAGGAGUUGCUGCAUGCUGCUGAUGAGGAUACUGAUAGCCAGACACAGGACACGGAGCGGCUGAAGAGUCUGGGAGGGUUCCUGCAAACCAACAAAGAUCUUAAUGAGAGGUUCUCUGCAGAGCUGCAAACCAUCAACUCUCUAAUGGCCAAAGAAAAAGGAAGAGGAGGAAGUGAAUGAGGAGCACUUUGUGUUCUGUGUCUGUGUAUAUACUUAAAA